AUGGCUACAGAUACCAGCCAACAAUUCGUUAAGCUUAAAGCUUCUCAAGCCCAGGCUGUCCAGGCGGCCCUCCAACAGUGGUCGGGCGCUAAUCUCAUUAGCCCCGACCUCCUUACAACCCUCCUGAACACCCUGCUGGCCGUCCUCUGUUUUUCCAUUGGAAUUCUUACCUUAAUACUUGGCAAUGUCUUCCCCAAGAUCAUAAAGAAAAUCUUAGCUUUACCUAUUGCUUUGCGAACUGUUGCGGUUAGCUGCAUGGGUAUUGCUACGCACAUAUUGGCAUACCAACGCUCUUUAGUCGCACCCAAAGAACGAUAUCUCAAUGAGGCAAUCCACGGCCUCGGGGCUCUCAUCUUCGCCCUCGCUGCCUUGCAGAUAGGUUAUCAUCUCAAGUGCAACAAAAAGAAGAACAGAAACAAACUGAGCCAUCUAUUCCUAUCACUCGCAACUAUCUACGGGAUCGUAGCGAUAUUGGUAAAAUCCAAUUUCAUUUGGUCCUGUGGAAUGAUUAUGUUCGGUAUUUGGCUCGGUGCUAUCGCUGGAUAUAUGGCAGGAAUGUACUACCUUGGAUACACCUAUCCGUUGCGCUUCGUCCUACUCGGCAUAGGCUUGAUCGGCAGUGCCUAUCUCAUGCGCCGCUCACAGUACACCGUAGAACUAUGGUCGACAACCCGUAUUUGGGGUAUGAUUUAUCUCUUCGACGCACUUUGGAUCCUCUCACUAUUCGGUAUGGAUUCAUUAUUUGGAAACGCGUACAAGAAAUGUAGUUUGUACAGGCAAUUGGUUUGGUCUCUUGUUUUUGCCUUUGCGGCUGCAUUUAGCGUCUGGCAUGGCCUGAAGUACCAUGACUCGACAACUAGAGGCUUCGGGCUUGCGUACUUGGGGAUUAAUCUGUACACUAAAUUCUUCGAGAUCUUCUGGAAGGCUUUAUACAAGUCUAUUUUCUUUACGCUGUUGGCCUUUUCACUUGCGCUCUUAGGGCGAUAUGCCGAACAAAUGAAUGUUGUGUUACAAGAGAGCUACGAUAGUGUAGCGGGUUAA